AAAGUAGAAAUGGGCUUGUUCAACAAUUGGGUUGGGUCACAGCCUAACUUUAUCCUGAUUAUCCAUUCAUCUUUCCCGAGACAAAUUUGUCACACUCUUUCCGCCAUUAUCAGAUACUACAACAAUACCACAUCUCUCUUUCUCUCUCUAGAUAUCCCUCUCUCACGGUCUCUUUGUAUACUGUAUGCAUCUCCUCAUGAAUAUCUCGAGAACCCAUUUGUUUUCAAGGAGCUGUUGUGGAAAUAAAUAAAGUUUUGAGCUUUAAAUACAAGAAACAAAGAGAGAAAGAAGAAUAAGAAGAGAAAAUGGUAUUGAUGGGAGUGAGCUUAACAUGUAUAAUGGACUUGGUGGUAGCUGGGAUUUCUUUGAUGAUUGGGUUGGGCCUGUUUGUGUUCAUAGCUUCUAUUCUUUGCUCUGCUGCCUUUUUUCAGAAUGCUAAGGAUGUUUCUUGAUUACCCUUCUCAUCAGUACUAGACUAUCUUUCACAUCAGGGCACACCUACUGUGUGUUAUUGGAUCGUUGUUUCCAGAUAGCAGCGGGAACUAUGUGAAUCUCAACCUCCUUUGGAUGCUACGUGACUUGCAGAGCGUGGUUGGUUAUAGCUGGGGGAGUGCUGUUCUUGCAUACCUUUAUAGGAAGAUGUGCGAUUCCACCCAUAAAGUCAUAACUAACUUCGCUGGAUACGCCACGUUAGUACAAGUGUGGAUAUACGAGCGGUUCCCUACAUUAGCUCCCCGACACACGGCCACACCCCUGAUUAUCUACCCACUUGCGCUAAGGUGGACAGGGCCGUUUACCCGUACUGAGGUGCCGCACGGUCAGCGUCGUAUCACCCGGUACGAGCUGGAUAACAUGAUUGAGGCAAAUUUUCGGUGGAGGCCGUAUGCAGAUUUAGAUGACGAGCAUCAGCCUGAGUAUGAUUUGUACCUGCGUUGGACUGCUCCUACGCCUUUGUUGUACAUGGCCUAUGUCGAGUGGUGUUAUACUGAUAGGGUGACGAGGCAGUUCGGGUUCGUGCAGGACAUACCCACAUCCUCUCCACGUGCGAAUCAUAGUAACCUGCACACCAUUGUCAACGAGGCCAUUAACUGGGAGGGCGCCAGGGAGUCUUACACUCGUCUAUGGGAUAGGUCCCUUGAGCGAGCUCUUACAUCUCCCCCACUCAUGUUUGGCGAGGGUUGCACUGCGGCAUACAUGCCUUGGUUUCUUGCAGUGACACGUAGAUACAUUGUAAACCCCGUCUAUUGGAGGACUGCAGAGGCUUUCCAGGGCACACAGGGCGCCACACAGGCACUGGAGGAUCAGCUUCUAGAUAUGGAGAGUGCCAUUGACCCUGCUACCCUGGAUCUUGCUCGGGCACAGAGGAUUGUACAGGGGUUGUUAGGACGUUUUAGGGGUUCAAGCAACCCUAGCAGACACAGAGGACGGCCACCAGUUACACCAGUUGAGCCGGAGCCAGGCACGUACUACACUCACGUGGCCAGUGGUAGCUCAGACACGGGAGGUUGGUCACACCUGGUUGGCACUUCUUCUUUGCCGGUUGGGGAUGUAGCGGGUACUUCUAGGGCGGAUGGAUGGGAGUCCUGGCCCGCGUCGACGGUCGGGCCAUCUACAUAUGCAGGGGAUGACUACGAGGGUGGUCCACGUGGCUUUACGGUCAGAUUAGAGGAUGACCAGGACAUGUCUGCUGAGGGUCAGUCGCAGGAGUCAUACCAGUUCCAGGAUGCAGAUGCUUAUCGUCCUGACAUGUCUUUCCUGAGGGAUCAGUACACCACACCUCCGCCACAGGUCCCGGUGCCGUCAUUUGCUAGCCAGUCCUACAUCUUCGGGGCACCCGCGUUUCCAUUCGCACCGUCACCAGAGAGGUCCACUCCUACUCCUAUACAGAUGUCCACUUUUGCUUCGUACACUGGUGAGAGUAGUCCAUGGGCGCCCCCCAGCACAGCAAUACCAGGGCACUCCGAGGCCGAGGAGCAACCUGAGGAUGAGCAUCGACAGCAGCCACCUAGAGCUGCGAAGGGAAAGGGUCGAAGAUGUCACACUGGAAGCCACAUCUUCGGCCAUAAGAAGAAGUAGGAUUUCCCUCGUAUGUAGUUUGUUUAUGGUUAUGUACCUGACCAUGUACUCGUACGUUUUUAUUUCUUGAUCUGAUUAUGUACUCUUAGUCUAGUAGAUCGGUUGUUACGUUAUUAUGCAGUUCUUGUGCAUUCUUAUGUCAUAAUGUUUUAUAAUGA